AUGCUUUCCAACAGCAUCCUCGCACUCGCGUUCCUACCUUUUUCCCUCGCUCAUUUUCAACUCAAGUUUCCUGCGUCGCGUGGGUUCACCGACGACACUGAGGGCAACUUCCCGUGCGGAGGUUACAACGAUGUUCAACAACAACGCACCGACUUCCCCAUUGGCGGUGGCCCAAUACAACUGCACAUGGAGCAUCCGCAAACGAAUGUUGCUGUGUACAUGGCCAUUGGCGAUAACCCGGGGGAUGGGUUUAGCAUUGUCGCACAACAGCAGCUCCAAGUCUCAGGGCUUGGAGACUUUUGCUUAGGCUCGGUCGCUGUACCAGCAGGAUUGAACGUUUCGGACGGCACCAAGGCCUCAAUACAAGUCGUUACCAACAACCACGAGGCGGGUGGUCUAUACCAGUGCGCGGACGUAACCUUGGUCAACAAUGCCCAGAUCAACUUCAGUGAAGACUGCAAGAACCAAACAGGCAUGAGUGUCACCCAGGAGAACAUUUCUGGAAACCCCAACGGAACAUCAUCAACAGACGAAAGCCCGAGCUCGGCGACCAGUGGAGGUGCAGCAUCAGCCACACCGACCACCGGCGCAGCAACACAAGCGAAGGUUGCCUCGUGGGCUUUGGGUGCUGUUGGUAUGGCUGGAAUGGCAAUGCUCUAG